CUUUACCUAUUCCUCGGUGAGCUUGGAAAGCGUGAGCACGUUUUACAAUUGUAAAGAUAAACAUGCGGUGAAUUCUUGCGCGACAGUGUUAAUUUAAUUUUGUUAAAAUAAUACAAUCACAUACAUUUUAUAACAUAUACUUGAUAGAAUUCAAAGUUUUAUUUGUUGUCUAAUUAUAUUACAUAAUGGAUUCUAGCUGCCCAUGUGAUAAGGAAGGUAUGCUUGUGGGAAUAGGAAAUCCCUUGUUAGAUAUUUCAGCUAUAGUGGAUGAGGAAUUGCUCAAAAAGUAUGGUCUACAUCCAGAUGAUGCUAUAAUGGCUGAGGCUAAACACAUGCCACUUUACAGGGAACUUGUAGAAAAAUAUAAUGCUGAAUUUAUAGCUGGAGGCAGCGUGCAGAACUCUCUCAGGGGGGUGCAAUGGAUAUUAAAAAAACCUAAUAUAUGCAGUUACUUUGGCUGCGUUGGAAAUGACGAUUAUGCUAAGAUUUUAAGCGACAGAGCUAUUGCUGAGGGUGUAACCGUCCACUACCAAGUGACUGAGGAGGCUCCCACGGGAACAUGUGCCGUUCUUGUGACGGGCACACAUCGUUCGCUGUGUGCAAACCUGGCGGCGGCACAGAAGUUCACUCCGGACCAUCUGGCUAAAGAGGAGUGUCGGAAGAGCAUUGAAAGCGCAAAGUUCUUUUAUGCAUCAGGCUUCUUUGUGGCGGUGUCGCCAGAAUCUAUAAUGUUGCUCGCGAAGCACGCACACGAAAAGAAGCACACGUUCAUCAUGAACUUGAGUGCGCCCUUCGUGUCGCAGUUCUACAAAGAGCCUUUGGAAGAGAUGUUGCCCUACGUCGAUGUUUUGUUCGGAAAUGAAUCGGAAGCAGAUGCAUUCGCUAAAGCGUUCAACAUCACAGAAACCGAUCUUCAAGGGGUAGCUUUGAAAAUAGCGGCACUACCCAAAAUGAACUCGUCUAGGCAAAGAGUCGUUGUGAUAACCCAGGGUAAAGACCCAGUGAUUCUGGUAGAGGGAUCGAAGGUGACCCUGGUUCCCGUAGAAAAACUAUCCAGGGAGCAAAUUGUGGAUACAAAUGGGGCAGGGGAUGCUUUCACAGGGGGUUUCCUAAGUCAAAUGGUCCUGGAGAAACCUUGGGAGACUUGUGUCAAGUGUGGUAUAUACAGUGCGACUCAUGUGAUACAACAUUCUGGUUGUACAUUCAGCGGUAUCAGUGACUUUAGAGAAAGUUAAUAAUUUAGGAUAAAUAGCUUAAAGACAUAUCAAAUUGCAAUACCAACUAAUAGGGGUUGAAAACUACACAAAUUGUACAAUUAUAUAAUAUAACAUGUUUUUUUCACAGUUUAUUAGUGUCUGUAGUAGUCAUCAGAUGUUAUUACUACAUUUUAGUUAGAUGUAGACGUAGAAUACAAAAGUUAUUUUUUGAAUCAUUAAGCUGUCAGUUGGGUAAGAAAUAAAAUUUUAUAAUUUUUGCAAACUAAAUCCCUUUUAAAACCAAUAAUAUGCAAACCAUUUAUAAAAUAAUGUUUCACUACAAAUUUUAAUUUAAAGCGAUGUCUGGUUGAAUAUCUGCAAAAUAAUUACAAACCAAUAAUUUUGCUUAACAUUUACUUAAAUAAUUAUUUAAUAAUCCUGUUUAAAUAUGGCAAUUGAUAAUUGAGAUAACUUUAUUGUUAACAGUUAAUAUUAUAUAUUGGUAAUUAACUGUAGCAUGUUUAUAUAUUUAUAAUCGUUGUCCGUUCUGACUUCGUAAAAAUGAAUUUUUUUUUUUUUUUUUUCAUAGACCCUAGAAUGCGAUCGUAGCGCCACCUACGGGCUCUAUUUUAUACCACCCAGAGACUUACUCAAAUACAAAAAAAAAUCCAUGCAACCGAUUAGCGAGUUUUGUGACAUGCACAUAUUCAUGCAUAUAUGAGAAUUAUAUGUAUAAUAUGAUGGGCAGAUGUUUUGUAUACCUUGUAGUUUAUAUAUAGAUAGAGUGCAUAAAGCUAAAAUUAAUAUUUUGAGUAUAACAAAUACUUAAUAUUAAAUAAAAUAAACUGACCACAAAGUCUUACUGUUAUUGUGAUACACAUGUAUUGAUUUUGCUUAGGUUUUUUUAUUUCCAUACUAACCUAGUUUUGCCAAACUUAAGCUUAUUUUUUCGUCUUUUAAAAUUAAUUCGAAAUUUAAAAUAAAGAAAAUAAAUUAAAAAGUUUUACAAGCUUAUACUUGUGUCUAAAAAAUGACAAGAUUAAUUAAUAUUUAUGAAUCAUGACAAUAUUUCGGCACCUGUCGCCAUCUUAAUAAACAGUUGUAAUAUUCUCAUAUAAUAUAAUGCAUAAGGAGUAAAUGCCCCUUUACUCACUGUACAUUUGUAUCACAUAGACACCAGUAAACUUCUACUUGUUAUGCUAUAUGAGAAUGCUCUUGAGUUCUUGAAAUAAAUAAGACUAACGAUUCAAAUAUAAAUUAAACUUAAAUGUUUUAUAUUUCUAACCAUAAUAUUAAUUCUUAUUAUGAUCAUUUAAAAGUUCUUCCAAUGAUACUUGUUCUCUUAACUAAACAACAAUUUGUUUAAUGUACAAUGUUUAUAAAACUAUUACCAGUGGAUACAAGAUAACAAAAUUUGCAUAUAUUUUGAGUAGUCAAUGAAAGUUUUAAAUGAUUAAAUCAUGAAGAGGCUGAGUCUCAAGACCCCUCUCCUCUUAGGUAGGUAGCAUUUAUACCUUAGAUAUAUAUAAUCAAAGCUUAAUUAACCCAACUUUAAUAUCUUGGCACUUAAUUAUUUAACGAAAAGUUGAUCCUUUUUUAGUCACUAAUCAGAUUAAUUUAUUUUUAAAUUUCUUUCUCACUGGCUGUGUGACCUCACCCAAAGGCUUAUAUUACCCAUUAGUAUUUUAAAUAGAUCUGAUAACAGAAAUAACGAAUAAAUAGUGUUUAUAUCAAUACUGCAGGAAAUUGUUUUACAUUGAAAUACUAAUAAAACAAGUUUAUUUGGAUAUUCAGUUUUUUGUAAUAAAAACUAGGUAGACCGACCAAUUUAAACAAAAUAGCUUUUAACAAUUUAUAAACUAAAAUUACAUAAAUAAUAUGUCAAAAAAACAAACUCAGAAAACUGUAACAAUUAUAACGUUAGUAACAAGACAAUCAAAUAAUAGUAAUAAAUGGCAUAUAAACUAUUAAAUGUUUUUAAGCUUUUAUAUGUACAUACUUAACAAGUUGAAAAUGGAAAUAUUUUUUUAAAUGCAGAUUUUGAUUGUUGAUAAUAGUAAUAUACAAUUAAUGUGUACGAUUUAAAUGAUACCUCAAUUUCUGUUUAGGGACUUAAAUAAAUCCCUCUUAGUUAGUUGUCUUAUUUUUUGCUUUUUAUUUACUUUAAAUGUCUAUCUGUUUAAAUACUAUCGAAUACUUUAUCAGAUGGACUUGCCAAUUUGGCACAUUUCCUUCGUCACCCAAGAGAGGCAUACAUCUAUACACCUCGACAAUGGUGAAAUCUUUUAAAGAGUUCAUUAUUUUACUAAUGCUACGCGUUACCCGAAUUGAAUAUAUGUCUGGAUUUAUCCUGCAAAUGAAAUUGGGUAUUUCAUUUCGAUCUUUGGCCUUCAGUAGUACAUUCCUGUUUUUCCUGUAAGGUAACAGCAAUAAAUAGAUGUGUGACUUUAAUUUAGUUAAAUAUUGUGUAUUCGAAAUGCAGAAUCACUUUAAAAGUAAUAUUAUUGUUGUACUUAUGUUUAUAUUAAUAAUUGAUGUGAAUAAAACUUUUUCUACUA